UAGUCUUCAUCACAGAUCCAUCUAUGACUGUUGACCUUCCAGAGGACAUCCAAUUCCUUGUGAUAGAGGCGUACGCGUCCCAAUGCACGGUAAAGGACGCACUCUGUCUCUUCACCAUUUCUCGAGCUGUCAAAUCCUGGGUGGAACCGCACGUAUACUCAAAAGUCACUAUCAAGACAGGGGUCCAGGCCUAUCAGUUCACCUUGGCCGUACGAGGAGAACGUAAUUUCUGUCGACCCGCACAUCACGUUAAACAAUUACGGAUCGUCUGCUACACAGACGGAGCGGGUAGGGACUAUUUGAACUGGACUGCUCUUAGUGUUCUGGAAUUAUGCCCGAAUCUAGUUCAUCUCGCAUUCGACGGGGAAACGGCAUUCAUAGAAUCCCGUCAGGUCUCUAACUUAUGGCCUAGUUUAACUCGUUUAAGCAUCUGUUCGUCGUUCUGGAUCAAUAACGACUCCCGCGCAAAACAACUUCCAAUACAUUGGGAUCGUCUCAAGCACCUUCAUAUAUUCGGGCCCAUCGAGGCUUGGCUACUCCAUGAAAAACUUCUUGGGCGUGAAAGUCGCAUCGACCAAUUCACCUCUCUCGAAUCACUAUGCAUUGAUCUGAGAUACUCCUCCCGUAUCAUAGGUCAGGAUUUACGUCCGCCCCAAGAGAGUCAAGAAACACUUUUUCGCGAAUUAUUCAACCGCCUCUCACGUUUACGCCGAGUCGUCAUAAAGACCUACUUCACUGGCCCGGAGUUCCGGGAUUAUUGGAAUGACCUUGCGAAGAAUACGAAGGAUGAGUCUAGGAUCGUAUUUGAGAUAUCGAGUCGCCCGUUCUAUGAUUUCUGUGCGCAUUGGAUGCCGGAUGACCCGGCGACCGAGGUCGAUACCGUGGCAGUGCAUCGCAGAUUGAUUCAGACUCUGGAUAGAUUAAACCAGCUUUGGGAUGCAGAAAACUAG